AUGACCAAUUUCGAUCUGGACGAUCCGCUCGGCGAUCUUCUCUCAGACGGAAGCAACGAUAGUUUCUUCGAAGAAGCGAAACCUGCAGCAAAGAGGUCCAGUUUAAGCAAAACUCCGGAAAAGAAAAAUAUUUCCGAUUUGUUUGGUUUGGAAGAAUCCAAGUCUUCCACUAAAAAGGACGAUUGGCUCGGCCUAAAGAAGUCCGAAAGUCCUGUGAAAAAAGCUUCCAAGAAGAUUACUUUUGAAGAAGAUGACGAUAUUCUAAAUAUAUUAGACUCAAAGAAGCCGGAAACUUCUAAAAAGUCAGCAUUGAUAGAGAGUUUGAAAAAUCCUACCAAGGAGGAAGAUAAGAAAGCGUUUUCGCUUGACGAUUUACUAAAAGAAAGCAAGUUUAAGAAGAACGAUCCAAUUGAGACGACCCAAUCAACUCCUCAUAUCAAUCAGAGGUCUGAAGGAUUUGGUUUGUCUUCACUUGAAGCUCCAAGAGAAGGAAGACGUAGACCGAAAACUGCUGCAGUUGCUGAUCCUCUGGGAUUAUUUUCUGAGCCUGAACCAGAACCGAAACCUGAACCUAAACCCAGGAAAAAAGAACCGGAAACGGAAAUACUCUUUCAAGCGAGUGAAAUGAAAACUAAAAGCACGCCUAAUAUUGCAUCCGAUGUUCCUGAUUGGUUGGGUGGAGCUGCGAUGAAACCCAACAAAUCGGAAACGACCGUAGAAACGUACGAAGCAAAAAAAUCUGAAACUGUGCAAGAACAACUUCCAGUAGAAUCGCUGAUAACGCAUCAAAAAUUGGCAGCUUCGCAUUUCGAUUACCAGAACGCCUCUUUGGCUUUGCAACAGCAGGAAUCUCAAGUUCUAAUGGCUUUGCAGCUCAGGAAAUAUGAAGAUAAUUUAUCUGAAAUUCAGAAUAAACAGCAAGAGGUUAUUAUGAAACAAGAACAACACUUCAAUAGUUUACUGGAACGUCAAUUUGCUAAGCAAUCGGCGAUGGAAAACAACAUGCGGCUACAACAGGAACGAAUAAAUAAUCAUAUACAGAUGCUCAUUGGUCAACCAUCUGUGCCAACAAUGAAAUCCGCAGAAGACGAAAAGUUUGAGGAGUUGAAGAAGUCCGCAAAUGAAGAAACUACUAAACAAUACGAAGAUUUAAUUAACACUUUGAAGCAACGACAUCACGAUGAAUUAUUUUUGCUCGAAGAAUCCUACAAGAAACAAUUGACUACUUUGGAGCAAUCAAUGGAAUCGAUGGAAAAUCAUUUGAAAAUGGAAUUGGAUACAAUUACAAUCAAAAGUAGAGAGAAAAUGGAGCAAAUAGAAUCUGAACAUGAGUCGGAAAUUUCUAAGCAGAAAAGAAAAAUUGAGGAAUUAUACGAAUUGCAUCAGACGGAAAUAAAGCAAAUGCGGGAAAACAAUAAUCGCAUUUUAGAGGAAGUCAAGUAUGAGUAUAACACUAUUAUUGAGAACAUCAAGAUGUCUAAGCAAACCGAAGCAAGUGCUUUGCAAGAAACAACUGCGUAUUCUCACAAAUUGGACAGCAAUUUAAAAUUGUUGGAUAUCAACAGCAGGACUUUAUUGGAAAUGAAACACAAGGUUGAAAGUGAUUAUGGAAUUUUGAGUGUUGCCAGAGAAGAAUCUUUGAAAGCGAAAGAAGAGGAAAUUAAAUUGAUGAGAUUGGCUUUGGAAAAAUCUCGAGAUUCGGCUGACUCCGAAAGGGCUCAAUUGAUGAGUCUAGUGAGAAAUUUAGAAAUUAAACUAGCCGAACAAUCGCAAAACUCAAGGGAGGAGAGGUUUGCUCUACAACAAGCAGCUUCCACGUUAACAGCUCGAACUGCAGCUUUGGAUAGAGAGGCUGAUUUUAAUAGGGCUUCCAUCGAGAGGGAGAGAGAACAAAUGAAGACUUUACGUGAAAGCAUUUUGGCUGAUCAAGAUAAAAUGAUACAAGAGAUAACCGAGCAAAAGUUGGCUUUGCAUACUGAAAAGAUCAAACUGGAAACGAGUAUUAAGCUUGGUCAAAAUUACGAUUCUCAACGUGCCAAAGUUGAAAUGGAAGCUGCGAUGCAAGUGGCCAAAGAAGCAGCUGAGAUGACGGACAGGGAAAGAGAUAAUUUGCUGAGGCAAAUUCGAGAAGUCGAGAUUUUGAAAAGGAAUUUGAUCGAUAGAGAGAAGAAAGUGUCUUCUAGGGAAUUGGAGCUGGAGAAGUCGUUAGAACAUGCUAAUAGGAAGAAUGCGGUUGGUGAAAGAGCAUUGGAGGAAGCAAGAAUGCUCCAAAUUAAUUACAACGAACGUUUGAGAGAAAUCCAAGCGCAAAUGGCGUCUUUAACUGCACGCGAACGGAAAUUGGCGGAAGAGAAGAUAAGUAUUAGCAGGGAGAGAUUGGCUUUACAUAAUAACGUCAAACAGAUGAAGAAGUGUAGUUUAUGUGCCAUUGAUAAUAGUAGGAAGUUUGAAGACGAAGAUGAAGACCCCGAGGAUGAAAUGGUCGAGCACGAUAUUCCCAGAUUUAUAAGUAUGAGCGACGCUGAUCUGUUUCGUUUACAGUUGCAACGAAGCGAAGAUCAAUUGGCUUCUACACACAACACCGAGGAUCGCCAAAGUUUGCAUUAA